GGUGUUUUCGGCCGUUGCGGAGCCAAAAUGGCGGAGUGUGCAGUUGUCGUUCUGCUGUAUUCCAACUGACUUGAGCGCAAGAUGGCAGCUUCAGUGGAAGACGAGUUUGAAGAUGCGCCUGAUGUAGAGCCGUUAGAGCCGACAUUAAAGAAUAUUAUAGAGCAGAAAUCACUCAAAUGGAUAUUUGUCGGUGGUAAAGGUGGCGUGGGCAAGACAACGUGCAGCUGCAGUCUGGCGGUUCAGUUGGCGGCGGUGCGAGAGAGCGUCCUCAUCAUAUCCACAGAUCCAGCACACAACAUCUCAGAUGCCUUCGACCAGAAGUUCUCCAAAGUGCCCACCAAAGUCAAAGGCUACGACAACCUGUUUGCCAUGGAGAUCGACCCCAGUCUGGGUGUGGCAGAGCUGCCCGAUGAGUUCUUCGAGGAGGACAACAUGCUCAGUAUGGGGAAGAAGAUGAUGCAGGAAGCCAUGAGCGCUUUUCCCGGCAUCGACGAGGCCAUGAGCUACGCAGAGGUCAUGAGGUUAGUGAAAGGCAUGAAUUUUUCAGUGGUGGUGUUUGACACGGCUCCGACAGGACACACUCUGCGUCUGCUCAACUUCCCCACCAUCGUGGAGAGAGGACUGGGCCGCCUCAUGCAGAUCAAGAACCAGAUCAGCCCCUUCAUCUCACAGAUGUGUAACAUGUUGGGCCUGGGAGACAUGAAUGCAGAUCAGCUGGCAUCGAAACUGGAGGAGACGCUCCCUGUCAUCCGCUCAGUCAGCGAGCAGUUUAAGGACCCGGAGCAGACGACGUUUAUCUGCGUGUGCAUCGCAGAGUUCCUGUCUCUGUAUGAGACAGAGCGUUUGAUUCAGGAGCUGGCCAAGUGUCGCAUCGACACACACAACAUUAUCGUCAACCAGCUGGUGUUCCCUGACAGCGAGCGGCGGCCCUGCAAGAUGUGUGAAGCCCGACACAAGAUUCAGUCCAAGUACCUGGACCAGAUGGAGGAUUUAUAUGAAGAUUUCCACAUAGUGAAGUUGCCUCUGCUGCCUCACGAGGUUCGAGGAGUGGACAAGGUCAACACUUUCUCCAAGCAGCUGCUGGAGCCCUACAGCCUGCCCAAGAAGUGACUGAAAUGAUUUCCACAGAACAAACACACACCAUUGCAUCCCUCUGGUCUUCACAUCUCCACACACACUCACACACACACCUUCACCCCCCCCCCCCCCCCCCCCACACUUUCUCUGCACGCUCUCUGGUUUUCUGGUCAUAAUUGAUGCCGCCAUGAUGCUCCAGUGAUCCGUUAUGAAUGUCGGCCGAGAGUUAAAAGGCCCGUUUAGAAGUCUUGGUGGUUUAUGUUGCUUUGUGAUGAUGUAUUUAAGCAUAAAAAACACUCAUUCCUGAAGAAAGGAGAUUCAAACUGAUGUCAGUGCAGGAAUGUACAUCUGGACUCUGAAUCGGUAUCAGUGUAGAUGUCGGUCUCUAGUUCAGUUCAGAUCUGAUUUAGGAUCAGUCAAUGAUACCAUAAACUUUGUUUCAGGUUCUGAUCAAUAUCAAUAGACUUUACUUUGGUUCCUGAACUAGUCAGUAUUGUUGUUAAUUUAGAGGGUCCAAACUUGGGAAGAUGAUGCAUUUAGAUGAUACAGUAAAAGCGACAGUUCACCCCCCCAGUCAUUUUUACUCUUACGUUAUUCCAAACCCUAGAUUUUAAUGCAAUUCACAAUUCUAUUUUUGCAUUUCAUGCACAAAUUAUAAACCGCAUACAAGCUUGUUACAACAAGGGUGAGUAAAUGACUACAUUUUCAUUUUUGGGUGAACUUUCCCUUUAAACUUGCAUUUGGCAUUUAAUCGACUUCUAGUUGCAGUGAACCAAACUGUAAUUACUUUGUAUAAACAUUGUGAUUAAAUUUAUCUAAUUUAAGUUUUGCAGUAAAAAUGAUUGUAUUUAUAUAGUCUAGUAAUGACUUAAGAUAAUUUCCAUUCAGAUCUUUUAUUUGAGAGCUGUCUUGUUCUUCCUCUCGCUUCUGUUCUUCUUAUCAUUUGGCAGUAAUGUCUGCUUGUGUCAAAACACAGGAACACACACACCCUAAGGAGAUAAGACGCUUGUUUAAACCAGCCACAAAAACCCUGCAGCCUGUCAGCUGAGACUACUAUUACACAAUACUAUACUGCGCUGGUGAAGUGUUUUCUUGUUCUUUUCACAGCAUGAAGCAGUGGGCUCCUUAGUUCAUGAACACCAGGGACAAGACCUCACAAACCUGACAGUGUAUCGGACCGAAAGAUUUUAAUCUUUAAUCAGUUAUUAAUCAGUUUUGCUAAGUUUCUUCGUCCUCUUCUAUCUUGUUUCUGCCUUUCCAAUUCUGGCUUCUUUUUGUAGAAGCACACCAAGUUUCAAAGAAAAUAAAAUGCUAUCCUCCAUCUACUGCA